AGGAUGACUGGGAGUGACGCAGGGCAGACGGAAAAAACUGGGGCUCGAGGAGAAGGACGGCGGUGAAGCAAGGGCUGUAGCUUUAUUUAUUACAAGUCUCAUGCCUGACGACCUGCCUGCACAGAGGUUAUGAGAAUCAGCUGUAUGCAAGAUUUUCUGUGACAACAGACAAUUAAUAGCGAGGAAUCAUCAAGUCAUCCUUGGGGCAGAUCAGUUUGGAUACACUCCCAGGUAACAUCGAUUCCUGUUUGUGCACAUGGGAAAGUAGCCUAGUCAUUCAUUUUUCUUGCUGAACACCGAGUUGUAAGUCGCAUUUAGUGUAUUUGGACCCCUCCUCUCUCAUUUCAACAAAUCUCCACCAUGAACUACCUGCGUCGACGACUCUCGGACAGCAAUUUCAUGUCCAACCUACCCAAUGGCUACAUGACCGACCUCCAACGCCCCGAUCCGCCGCAGCAAAGCCCCGCAGUGUCACCCGGGCCGUCGGAGAGGCGCCAGUCCACCAGCCAGCAGCAGCAGCAGCAGCAGCAGCAAUCUGGAGGUGGAGGCUCCGGCUUCUUCUCAUCCAUUUCCAACGCUGUCAAACAGACCACAGCUGCUGCGGCUGCGACCUUAUCGGAGGCAGCGGACCGGGCAGGAGUCUCCAGCAGUGCCAAGAUCCUCCUGGUCAUCGACGACCAGCAGACUGACUGGGUGAAGGUCUUCAGAGGAAGGAAGAUCCAUGGAGAAUUUGACAUCAAGGUAGAACAGGCAGAGUUCUCUGAAAUCAACCUGGUGGCCAAUGCCACAGGCACCUACAAUGUGAACAUUGAUGCAAUUAGGAGCGGCCAUAAAGUUACUAAAUCCUUUAAGCCAGACUUUGUGCUGAUCAGACAGCAUGCUUUCAGCAUGGACAAGAAUGGAGACCACCGGAACAUAGUGAUUGGACUGCAGUACGCUGGAUUGCCAAGUGUGAACUCUUUGCACUCUCUCUACAAUUUCUGUGACAAACCCUGGGUGUUUGCUCAGAUGUCUAGGCUCCACAAGCAGCUGGGCUCAGAGGAGUUCCCUCUGAUUGAGCAGGUUUACUAUCCAAACCACAAGGAAAUGAUUACUUCCCCUCGAUUUCCUGUAGUGGUAAAGAUGGGCCAUGCUCACUCAGGGAUGGGAAAGGUGAAAGUGGACAAUCAGUAUGAUUUUCAAGAUAUUGCUAGUGUUGUGGCACUGACCAAGACUUAUGCCACAUCUGAGCCAUUUAUUGAUGCAAAGUAUGAUGUGCGCAUUCAGAAGAUUGGUAGCAAUUACAAGGCUUACAUGAGGACAUCCAUUUCUGGCAACUGGAAAACUAAUACUGGCUCAUCUAUGCUUGAGCAGGUGGCCAUGUCAGACAAGUACAGAAUGUGGGUGGAUUCUUGUUCAGACAUCUUUGGAGGGCUGGACAUCUGUGCUGUAGAGGCGCUACAUGGUAAAGAUGGCAAGGACUACAUUAUAGAGGUUGAUGACUGUUCAAUGCCACUGAUUGGAGACCAGCAGGAUGAAGAUCGUGUUCAUAUUGCAGAACUAGUGGUUUCCAAAAUGAACCAGACUGUUCCACGCACUUCAAGCUCUUCCACAGUCCGUGCAGGACAGCCAGCACAGAAAGCAGCGUCUCCUCAGCCAGUCUCACAGCCGAAAGUCCCACAGUCUCAACAACGUCCUUCACCACAGGGUGGACCUCAGCAAAGCCCCCCAACUCAGCAGCGUCCACAGCCUCAAGGUCAACCUCCUUCACAGACCCAGCAAUCUGCUGCCAGCCCUGCCACUGGUGACCCCAGUAGCCAGGCUAAGGCAAGCCAAGGGCCUGCAACUCAAGGCCAGAGACCUACAUCUGGUCAGGGCUCUCCUCAACGAAGCCAAGGAGGAUCACCUCAAGCUCAGAGGCAGCAGUCUGUAUCACAGCAGCAGAAACCCUCUGCAGGCCAAAAACCUCCUGGUGGUCAGCCACAGCAGCAGAGGCCUGCCCACCCCCCUAGGCAGCAGUCACAGGGCGGGACACAGCAACAGAGGGCUCCUGGCCAGCAAGGUCGACCUGGAGCACCCACCACCCAGCAGCCACGCCCUGCUGCUCAGGGCCAGGGGGGCCCAGGAGGACGACCCCCUCUGCAACAAAAGCCUCAGCCUCCACAGAAGCCUAGUCAGGACAGCCCAGCUAUGGGAGGCUCUCCACAGCUAAACAAGUCCCAGUCUCUUACCAAUACCUUCAACAUUCCAGAAACCCCAGCGCCACGAGCCAGCCUUAGCCAGGAUGAAGUGAAGGCUGAAACCAUACGCAAUCUACGCAAAUCUUUUGCCAGUCUCUUCUCAGACUGAGAUGGCAUAAGCCCCUCUUCCCUCUCCUCCUGAAAGAAAAAGGGACAGGCAAACUGAAGGACAGACCCCUUCUUCCCCCACCGAACAAGGACCAACUUGGAUGCCAUCUUCAAUUCAUGUACACUGAGCCUGAUAUGAAAAUGUACACACUUGAUAGCCAC